AUACUAUUAUUAUACUAUUAUACAUAUUUUCACAACUUCAAAAGUAGGGUCCACUGAGGGAAAAAAGGAGCAGCGACUCCCCCAAGGGUUUGUUCGAUUUCAUUGCCUUGCUCAUCAAUUUUCACUAGCGGCGAGAGAUAGAGAAGAAGGAGUUUUGGUUUUGCCAUAAUCGAUCAUCGUCGAACCCUAAACGCUUGCGUUUCACGCUAAAUGCUUCGCAACAGAGUGCUCUAGUUGCUGAGAGUCACUGGCCACCAUGGCUCUUUCGCUUGGGAAGCUCACCAUUCUCGUUGGUGCAGGUAUUGUUGGUUCAGUGAUUGCAAAAGAAGGGCGCUUACCAGAUGUCUCUGGUCUCGUCUCUGGUUCUUUUAAGGUUGUUUUGAAUCAACUUAAAAGCAAUGAUUCUGCUCCAACUGUGAAAAAGCAGCCACAUAAUGAUGCUUUGAUGGCUCAGGUGAACAGCCUUAGGCAGGAACUACAACUUCUUGCUAGAGAUAGAUCAAUCACUAUUGUAAAUGCAAGUGGAUCAGGUGGAAAAAAGUAUGUAACAGUGAUUGUUAUUGUUGCAGUAGGAUAUGGAUACAUUUGGUGGAAGGGAUGGAAGCUUCCUGAUAUGAUGUUUGCAACUAGGCGUGGUUUAUCUGAUGCUUGCUCGUCUAUUGGUAAUCAGAUGGGGAAGCUUUAUGAAUCAGUUGAGGAUGCCAAGAAGAAAUUAUCUGCAAGAAUGAACCGUCUGGAUAAAAGUUUGGAUGAAUGUGCUGCACUUUCUGAAAGUACCAGGGAGGAGAUAUCAGUUAUACAACGGGAUGCAGAUACAAUAGGUGGAGAUUUCAAAUCUGUUCGUGUUGCUGUCCAUGUUCUGGAAUCUAAAAUUAAAGAAAUAGAAGGGAAGCAGGUGGCCACAACUGAAGGAGUAAACAAGUUGUGUCAAUUUACCUUGAGUUUGGAGAAUAGCAGACCCACAGAGUAUAUUCAGGCAUCUUCAUCCAGUUCUUCAAGAGCAGCCCUUGAGCUACCACCAGUUUCUCCCUCUUCCAGGGGUUUGCAGACAGGUCCUUCUAGGCUAUCUCUUGAGCCACCAUCCGUUACUUCAUCAUCAAGGAGUGGAUCCUUGCCACCAACAAUGUCUACUGAUCCACCAUCUCCAUCAAAUUCUGCUGGAUCUCACCAGGAUAGUAGACGGAUAUCAGAAGAGAGAAAUUUCUCUAGUAGUCAAGUGAAUUUAAAAAACAUUACUCCUAAAGAAGAAAAAACCAAUGGAUCAAGUUCUGGUUUGUUUGGGAAGUUAUCAGGCGUCUAUGCUCCAUUUCUGACAAGAACACGCAGUGCGACGGAUGCAGUAGUACAACAAACUCGUUCAAGUAGUUAACGGUAACAGGCCUCUUUUUCCCUUUUUUUUGUCCCUCAGUAAAAUAUAGAUGAUUGGACCUAUUGUGUCAAAAGUCUUCACCCGUUGGUAUCUGUUCAGAAGACGUACGCCGUUAAUUAUAAGUAUGCCCAAUCCAGUCUGAUUAGAAACGACUGGGAAGUGAAUUUUGCCAGAGAUGCUGUUUCUCUCAAGUUUCAUUAGGAUUUAUUAAUAAAAUAAGAGUUUUCCAAAUAUUCAAAUGGAAAAGCUGUUAAUGGAAAAAGUGGCAAUUGAAUUGUCAUGAACUCUUUUGUUCACCUUAUUAUUUUGAGAAUGAGACACAAAAUUCUUGUUUAAAAGAAUUUUCGUAUCGCCCUUUAUUUUCUAUUUAAUUAAUACCGUGACAGCUUCAGAUACUCUGUUGUAAAGGCAUUUUAAUGUCGGUUAGUAUCGUCGGUAGAAGCAAAUCCCAACUCCCAAAUGAAGUACGCGUCUUUUGACGACUUUU